AUGAGUUCAAAGAGGGGUAAGAGAACUACGGGAAAUAAACAUUUUCCAAUAGCCGAAUCAGUGAGUAUAGCAUUGAAAAUCCAGCUGGAUAAAUUUCUCAGCGAUGAAAAUGAAACAGAGCUAAAAUUUCCAACAUUUCUUUCGGCUCAAGAACGUGGUUUUAUUCACGAGACAGUUGCCAAAUUGGGUCUAAAAUCAAAGUCGCGCGGGAAAGGUGUGAAUCGCUAUUUAACAAUUUAUAAGAGGGUUGGCUCCACAAUUAUCCAGAGUGAUGCCAAGCUUAUACUGGACUCAAAUAUGAGAUGCAGCAUAGCAGAGCUGCUCACUGCUUUUCCCCUAACCAGCAAAGAGAAGGAUGACUUAAGUUCAUGUCCAGAAAAAGAAAGGAGCCCUCAGCUAGCUCACAAAUCUCUUGGACAGUUAAAUAACGGUGUGGCUCAGGUGCCAAACACUACAUACAACCCUGAACUUAUAAAGUUCAGGGAGAAAUUGCCAGUGUAUGAGCAAAGACAGGAGCUCCUCAAUGCCAUCGCCCACAACCAGGUGAUAAUAGUGGCCGGUGCGACGGGUUGCGGCAAGACCACACAGCUGCCGCAGCUGGUGCUGGACUGGUGCCAAGAGCACAAGCAGCCGGCGCGUCUCUACUGCACGCAGCCGCGCCGCAUAUCGGCCGUCUCCGUGGCAGAAAGGGUGGCGUACGAGCGCAUGGAGAAGAUUGGCCAGUCCAUCGGCUACCAGAUCCGGCUGGAGUCGCGAGUGAGCCCGCGCACCGUGCUCACCUACUGCACCAACGGGGUGCUGCUGCGGACCCUCAUGGCCGGCGACAGCGCCCUCAACGGCGUGACGCACGUGUUCGUGGACGAGGUGCACGAGCGGGACAAGUUCAGCGACUUCCUGCUGAUCGCGCUGCGGGACGCCCUCCCCCGCCACAAGGAGCUGCGGCUGCUCCUCAUGUCCGCCACCUGCGACACCCUCAUCUUCUCGCGAUAUUUCAACAACUGCCCCGUGGUCCGCAUCCCGGGGCGACUCCACGAGGUGCAGCGCCACUACCUGGAGGACGUGCUGAAGAUGACCCGCCACCGCACCAAGCGGAUGGUGCAGGCCGAGCGGGAGCUGCGCCGCAAGCUGACCACCGGCCAGAGCUACUGGUCACAUCUGGAAGGGCAAAAGCAAAACGCAGAGGACGUUGGUGCCAACAGUAAAGAAGAGAAGGAGAACGCCAUAGAUCCAGCACUGCAGGCUGACAUGGACGAAUUUCUAGAAGAGUGCUUUAAAGAAGGCAGCGUGGACUCGUUCUGCCAGAUCCUGUACAUGUACGUGUCGGAGGGCGUGCCGGUGCAGUGCGCGCAGACGCGCUCCGGCCGCACCGGCCUCAUGGCGGCCGCGGCCCACGGGCUGAGCGACGUCGCCGCGCAGAUGCUCUCCAUGGGCGCCGACCUGAACUUCAAGGACAAGAGCGGCAAAACCGCGUACGACUACGCCGUGGAGAAUGGCCACGCGGAGUGCGCGAAGCUCUUCGCGUCCUUCAAUUUGGAGGAACCCAAGGACAACCAGGAAGAGGAGAACGCGGCAGAUAACUUCCUCCUGGACGUGUACCACCACUCCGUCUCUGAGGAGCUGAUAGACCACGAGCUGAUGCUCUCCCUCAUCAAGCACAUCCAUAUCAACCUGCCCAAGGGCAGCAUCCUCGUCUUCAUGCCCGGCUACGACGACAUAGUGACCCUGCGAGACCUCGUGCAGUCCUGCCCCGAGAUGAACGCGAUGAAGUACCAGAUAUUCACGCUGCACAGCAACAUGCAGACCCUCGACCAGAAGAAAGUGUUCAACCCGCUGCCGAACGCGCGGAAGAUCAUCAUCUCCACCAACAUCGCGGAGACCUCGAUAACCAUAGACGACGUCGUCUACGUGAUCGACUCGUGCAAGGUCAAGGAGAAGUAUUACGAGUCCGCCGGCGGGGUGUGUUCGCUGCAGUGCGUGUGGACCUCGCGGGCGUGUUGCCAGCAGCGCGCCGGCAGGGCGGGCAGGACCAAGCCGGGCCACUGCUUCCACAUGUGCUCCAAGCGGCGCUUCAACACCCUGCCGCUCAACUCCAUUCCCGAGAUUCUGCGGGUGCCCCUGCAGGAGCUCUGUCUGCACACGAAGCUGCUCGCGCCCGGCAACACGCCCAUAGCGGACUUCCUCUCCAAAGCCCUGGAACCGCCCUCGUUCCUGGCGGUCCGCAACGCGGUGACCCUCUUGAAAACCAUCGGGGCCCUCACCCCCAUGGAGGAUCUGACCGAGAUCGGGCAACAUCUCCUGGACCUGACGGUCGAGCCGAAGCUGGGCAAGAUGCUGCUCUACGCCUGCGUGAUGAAGUGCCUGGACCCGGUACUGACGAUAGUCUGCAGCUUGGCGAAUAAGGAGCCGUUCCAGAUAUCGAUGAACCCCGAGAACCGCAAGCGCGGCAGCAUGGCGAGGAAGGAGUUCGCCGCCGACAGCUACUCCGACCACAUGGCGCUGCUGCGGGCGUUCCAGGGCUGGCAGACGGCGCGCGCCAACGGCACGGAGAGGGCGUUCUGCGCCAAGAACCUCAUCUGCGGCGCCACCAUGGAGAUGAUCGUGGGCUACCGCGCGCAGCUGCUGGCCCAGCUGCGCGCGCUGGGGCUGGUCAAGGCGCGCGGCUCCGGCGACAUCAAGGACGUGAACCAGAACUCGGAGAAGUGGCACGUGGUGAAGGCCGUGCUGGUCGGCGGGCUGUACCCGUCCGUGGCGCGCGUGGACCGCGAGGCGGGCGCGCUGCGCACCGCCAAGGAGGUGAAGGUGGCCUUCCACCCCAGCUCCACGCUGAACCGCGGCGGCGGCGCCGGCGGCGCGCAGCGGGCCGUGCAGGCGCUGCCCACCGACUGGCUGGUGUUCGAGGAGAUUUCGCGCGCGGGCCGGCUGUGCUUCGUGCGCUGCAACACGCUGGUGACGCCGCUGACGGUGGCGCUGUUCGGGGGCCCGCUGCGGCUGGCGGCCGGCGCGCUCAGCCAGCGCGCCAACGCGCCCGGCCACUCGAGCGACUCGGACAGCGAGGCGGACGAGGCGGCCUCAGCGCCCGACGCCGCCGUGCUGGCGCUCGACGACUGGACGGCCUUCGCGGCCGACGCGGCCGACGCCAUCAACGUGUUCUACCUGCGCCAGAAGCUGUGCGCGCUCGUGGUGCGGCGCAUGUGCGGGCCCGCGCGGCCCAUGACGCCGCUCGACGAGCAGAUCCUGGCCACGGUGGUGCACGUGCUGGGCGCCGAGGAGCGCAACGUGGGCCUCAGCCAGCCGGCCGGCAUCGGCCAGCGGCCCAAGCCGCUCACGCUCGAGCCGCCCGGCUGGCGCGACGAGCACCGCCACGACGCGAAGCAGCACUUCCAGCAGCACGCGGCCGACUUCGGCGGCGGCUUCCACCAGCCGGCGCACGGCUUCAGGGGCGCGCAGCGGCAGGGCUGGGCGCAGGGCUUCGGGCCGCAGCCCUUCGGCGGGCCCAAGAGCCCCAUGUCGCCCAACGGGAAGACGCUGCUGGCGAACAUCGAGAAGUACGCGGAGGCGGCCGAGGGCGCGACGCGCUACUUCGUCGCCAAGGCGGACGACGUGCACAGCGUGGAGCUAGCGCAGGCCAGCGGCGCCUUCGGCUUCACGCAGAACACCGCCAAGAAGCUGCAGAAAGCCAAGCAGGAGGGCGCCCGCGUGGUGGUGUUCUUCUCGUGCGCGAACGCGGGCAAGUUCUGCGGCUGCGCCACCCUUGGGGACUCCGCCCUGGAGUGGGUCAGCACCCACCACCUGCCCUUCCACAUGGUCCGGCACGUGUGCAACUCGCUGGCGGGGGGCGCGCGCGUGGCGGGCGCGCGGGACGGGUGCGAGGUGUGCGCGGGCGCGGGCAGGGCGCUGCUGGCCGCGAUGCAGCACGCGCGCCGACGGCCCGCCCAGCCGCGCGCCAUACAGAAGCACGCCGCCGACCAC